AUGGCUCCACCUGCCACCAUGGCUCCAGCUGCCACCAUGGCUCCACCUGCCACCAUGGCUCCACCUGCCACCAUGGCUCCAGCUGCCACCCUGGCUCCAGCUGCCACCAUGGCUCCAGCUGCCACCAUGGCUCCACCUGCCACCAUGGCUCCAGCUGCCACCAUGGCUCCACCUGCCACCAUGGCUCCACCUGCCACCAUGGCUCCAGCUGCCACCAUGGCUCCACCUGCCACCAUGGCUCCAGCUGCCACCAUGGCUCCAGCUGCCACCAUGGCUCCAGCUGCCACCAUGGCUCCAGCUGCCACCCUGGCUCCAGCUGCCACCAUGGCUCCAGCUGCCACCAUGGCUCCAGCUGCCACCAUGGCUCCAGCUGCCACCAUGGCUCCAGCUGCCACCCUGGCUCCAGCUGCCACCCUGGCUCCAGCUGCCACCAUGGCUCCACCUGCCACCAUGGCUCCAGCUGCCACCAUGGCUCCAGCUGCCACCAUGGCUCCAGCUGCCACCCUGGCUCCAGCUUCCAACCUGGCUCCAGCUGCCACCCUGGCUCCAGCUGCCACCCUGGCUCCAGCUGCCACCCUGGCUCCAGCUGUCACCCUGGCUCCAGCUGCCACCAUGGCUCCAGCUGCCACCAUGGCUCCAGCUACCACCAUGGCUCCUGGUGCCACCAUGGCUCCAGCUUCCAACCUGGCUCCAGCUGCCACCAUGGCUCCAGCUACCACCAUGGCUCCAGCUGCCACCAUGGCUCCAGCUGCCACCAUGGCUCCAGCUACCACCAUGGCUCCAGCUGCCACCAUGGCUCCAGCUGCCACCCUGGCUCCAGCUGCCACCCUGGCUCCAGCUGCCACCCUGGCUCACCGCCUGGUCACCCAGCCACCUACUAUCCAGACCCAACUGGGUUUAACCCACUAA